AUGUGCAGCCUAAAGCUGUCGGUCUUCUUCAUUGCACUUUCUGUCACACUGAGCUGUUUGGAAGCUACCCCUAUUGAAAAAUUACUCUCUGUGGCUGAUGAUCUCUCUGAUGAUACUUCCAAGAGACAAGGAUGGAUAUUGCCAGUAAUAUCACAGAAUACACUCUCAAGAUUUAGUGAGGAAAUGCCAGAACAACCAGCAGCACAGACAAAAAGUAGUCACCACCUGGAGAAACGGAAAUGCAACACCGCUACGUGCGUGACACAACGCUUGGCUGACUUCUUAGUCCGUUCCAGCAACAGCAUCGGAGCAAUUUACUCACCUACGAAUGUGGGGUCCAAUACAUAUGGAAAGAGAGACACAGUUGGGCUUUUGAGCAGAGAAUCCCAGAAGAAUGCACAGCUUUAG